UUCUAUUUUUGAAAAUUAUCCAGGUGGUACCAGAGGGCUAUCCUCUCUUUUUCCCUUGGCCACUCUUCUCGCCUCCGCUUGGACCUUCACUCCAUCACAAUUUGGCUUCCGUCGUGUUUCUCGCAGGAUUACGAGUCCGGUUGUCUUCGUUUCAAUGCCACCAGUAGGUGUCAACUCUUAGAGAAUUUAGGUGAAUGCUGAUCAGUGCUGGCAUUGAUUUCCAAACCUAGGGUUGUGGGUUUGAGAAGAAGAAGCUGAGACUUCUGCUCCGUGACGAGUUGCAUCUGCGAGCCAGGGAUCGAUUUUUGAUUGUUGUGGGGUUUGGGAGGGAAGAGGGAUUAUAAGGGUGGCUUAGGCGGAAUUCAAAUGACAAGUAUAGGGACUGCAUCCCCUUUAUCAAGGGGUAGUCUCCUGCGGCGUGUUGACAAUACUCCGCAUCUACGCUUCCACCCUCUUCCCCAUGUGGGAUCCCUCCCUGUUACCGCUAGAGGCCCUGCUAGUUUCUUAGAACCUGAAUUCCAUGGAAGAGUCCCUCAAAAAAGAUGUAAUGUUGGUGCGGCGAGUACAAGCUCAAACUCUUUGGGUAAUUGUCACUUCAGCUCCACCAAUGACACAUUCUGCAAGGUCAGAUUUGGCUUGAAGAGCGGAGGCGGAAGAACGCAUGGUUUUAGGAUUCCCAAAUCGACGGAAGAUGGAGGAGGAGAGAAAGGAGGCGAUAAUCCUACCUCUACUGCGACAGAGGAGCCGGAGAAAGACCCAAACUCCUCCUCAGACUCGUCAUCUCCUGCCACAUCGAACCCCGCAGAUGAUGUGCCCAAAACCGUACCAGUCGACGUGCAAUUAGAUGCCUUUAAGUUGUUGGAGCUCAUUGGCCCUGAGAAAGUGGAUUCGGAGGAUGUCAAACUUUUAAAAGAAAAGCUGUGUGGUUACAAAACAUUCUGGGUGACUGGGCAAGAGCCCUUCGGAGAUUUAGGCGAAGGUGUGCUUCUGCUGGGUAAUUUGAGAGGGAAACGAGAAGAAGUAUUUGCGAAGUUGACAAGUGGUGUGAGGGAGUUGUUUGGAUCAAAGUAUGAUCUAUUCAUGGUGGAGGAACCAAAUGCUGAAGAGCCGGAUCCCAGAGGUGGACCUAGAGUUAGUUUUGUCUUGCUUAGGAAAGAGGUUUCAGAUCCGGGUCCGACCACACUUUGGCAGUAUGUUGUAGCUGUGGUAUUGUUCGCCUUCACAGCUGGUUCCUGUCUUGAGCUCGGGAUCGCAUCGCAGUUAUCAAGACUUCCACCUAACGUUGUGCAAUACUUCACGAAUCCAGAGUCAAUAGAACCACCUGAUUUUCAACUGUUGGUUCCAUUUGUAGACUCCGCGCUUCCACUCGCGUACGGAGUUUUUGGUGUUCAGCUCUUCCAUGAGGUAGGACAUUGGCUAGCAGCAGCACCCAGAGGAGUGAAGAUGAGCAUACCCUAUUUUACUCCCAACAUCACCUUGGGCAGUUUUGGGGCAAUCACCCAGUUCAAAUCUAUCUUGCCGGACAGGAUGGCAAAAUUUGACAUUUCAGUAGCAGGCCCUAUUGCAGGGGGACUUCUGUCGCUUUCAAUGCUGAGUGCAGGGCUUUCGUUAUCGGUCAACCCUCAGGCCACUGGUGAUCUUGUACAAGUGCCGAGCGUGUUGUUUCGAGGUUCUCUACUUUUGGGAAGUGCCACCCGAGCAGUCUUGGGCGACAGUGCCAUGCGAGCUGCAUUAGUUUCUAUACAUCCUCUUGUAAUCGCGGGCUGGUGCGGGUUAACUACGACUGCCUUCAAUCUGAUGCCUGUAGGAUCUCUUGAUGGUGGCCGUGCAAUGCAGGCAGCGUUUGGAAAAAGAUCAUUGAAUGUUUCUGGCUUCUUCACCUAUUUGAUGCUCGGACUUGGGUUGCUUGGAGGAGAUCUGUCAUUGCCAUGGGGUUUAUAUAUACUCAUUCUUCAAAGAGAUCAAGAGAAGUCCUGCUUAAAUGAUGUCACUGAAGUGGGGACAAUUAGGAAAAUAGGCUUCGUGAUAGUGUUACUACUUGCUUUGGGCACGUUAUUACCCCUUUGGGAUGGGCUUGUAGAGGAUAUGAAUCCCCCACUUUUUUGAACAGCUUUGAUUAGUAUCUGCCAUUUUGUUUAGGUUAUUAUUCAAUCUCAAUUGAGAGAGCACCACCACAUAAUGUUUCUUGAGUCAAUCCUUUUUGUUCCAAUUAUGAAUUUUACCCCCUUCUGUAGA